AUUACUAAAAUGAGCUUAGAGUACAAUACGCCACAUUCGUAUAAAUGAUAAAUCCCUCCAUUCUUGAAGAUUGAACAAGCAAUCGAAGAGAAAACACACACGCAGCAAGAUAUUGUGACUUGACUCGGUUACUGAACACUAAGGAAGUGAGUUGAAAUGGGGAGCUCGGAACCGACUCGGAUACUGGUGGCUGUGAGCGAGUCGACUAUCAAAGGUUACCCGCACGCUUCUAUAAGCAGCACAAGAGCUUUCGAUUGGACUAUUGAGAAGAUCGUGCGCUCUAACACUUCUGGUUUCAAGCUUCUCUUCCUCCACGUCCAAGUCCCUGACGAAGACGGCUUUGAUGAUAUGGACAGUAUAUAUGCAUCUCCUGAGGAUUUCAGAAACAUGCGGCACAGGGACAAAGUAAGAGGGAUUCAUCUGCUGGAGUAUUUUGUUAACAAAUGUCAUGAGAUCGGGAUUGCUUGUGAAUCAUGGAUCAAGAAAGGAGAUCCCAAAGAAGUUAUCUGCCGUGAAGUGCAACGAAUCCAUCCGGAUCUCCUGGUUGUGGGAAGUCGGGGACUUGGCCCUUUUCAGAGGGUUUUCGUUGGUACCGUGAGUGAAUUUUGUGUGAAGCAUGCUGAGUGCCCUGUUAUAACCAUUAAACGCAGAGCAGAUGAAACUCCUGAAGAUCCUGUUGAUGACUGAUUUUAUCUGUGUUUCGAUUUCCUUAUCUGUGUUGAUAGACUUUGGACAGCGAAGAAUCAGUUUGGGAAAUAUAAGAUGUAUUGUUUGAGAUUGUCUUGGCCAUUUGUUGACAACAUAUACUGUGGAUGAAUAUGAUUAUUUGUAAUUCAUCAAUGGUCGUGGGUUUGCUAUGAAGUUCCUUUCGGGCGAACUCUCAGUGAAUGAAAUCUUUGUAAAUUCUGCUA